GCCGUAGAAAUUAAGCAACGUCCUAUCCUAAUUAUAUAUAGUCGUCUUCAUUCUUCGCCCAUCAAGGAAGUUCUGGGAUCACCCGUAGACCGUAGUCAUCAUCUUCAUUCUUCACCCAUCGAGAAAGUUCUAGGAUUAGCCGCCAUGGCAGAGCCCUCGAAAAGUUGGGCUGAUGAGGCAGAUGAAUCUGAGUCUAGCUCUGAAGUUGCAAUUGCUUCUUUGGCGUUGAGUGAAUCCAGUAAUGUCAACCAAUCCAUCUCUAACCCUGACGACGACAGUAUCCAAACCGUUACAUCUGGGGACACACUGUAUAAAUCUGCUAAAACAUUCGAAGACUUGAACUUGUCACCGGAAUUGUUGAGAGGAUUAUACGUGGAGAUGAAUUUCGAGAGGCCUAGUAAAAUUCAGGGCAUAUCUUUGCCAAUGAUUCUAACUCCACCCCAUAAGAAUCUGAUCGCCCAGGCUCACAAUGGAUCUGGAAAAACAACAUGCUUUGUGCUGGGAAUGUUGAGCCGAGUUGAUCCUAGACUCGGUGCCCCUCAGGCUCUCUGCAUCUGCCCCACUAGAGAACUUGCCAUUCAGAAUAUGGAAGUUUUGUUAAAGAUGGGAAAAUAUACUGGUAUAACAUCAGAACUGGGCAUACCACCAAGCAAGGACAACUAUGUUCCAAUUAAUAAGCGACCCCCUAUUACAGCUCAAGUCAUAAUUGGUACCCCUGGGACAAUAAAAAAGUGGGUUGUUGCUAAGAAAUUGGGCACAAGUUGCAUGAAAAUUCUGGUAUUUGAUGAGGCGGACCACAUGUUAGCAGAGGGUGGCUUUCAGGAUGACUCUAUAAAAAUAAUGAAGGCCAUUGUAAACGGCAAAGCCGAUUGCCAGGUGCUCUUGUUUUCUGCAACUUUCAAUGAAUCUGUCAAGAAGUUUGUUAAGAAAAUUGUCGAAGACCUCUUUGUAAAAGAUUACAACCAGCUUUUUGUGAAGAAGGAAGAACUUUCAUUGGAGUCUGUCAAGCAGUAUAAGGUGCAAUGUCCCGAUGAGCUUUCAAAGGUCAUGGUGGUUCAGCAUAAAAUACUUGACCUGGGUAAGAAGGUGGGACAGACAAUCAUAUUUGUGCGAUCAAGGAAUAGUGCUAAAAUGUUGCACGAAUCACUAGUGGAACUAGGCUAUGAGGUAACAACAAUUCAAGGUGCUCUGAACCACGAAGAGCGGGACGCUAUUAUUAAGGAGUUCAAGGAGGGGCUAACACAAGUUCUUAUAUCAACGGAUCUUCUUGCUCGAGGAUUUGACCAAUCCCUGGUGAAUUUGGUCGUGAAUUAUGAUCUUCCAGUGCAAUAUGAGCAUCCAUCUGAGCCAGACCAUGAAGUGUACUUGCAUAGGAUAGGUAGAGCCGGUCGUUUUGGGCGAAAAGGUGCUGUUUUCAACUUGCUUUGUAACGAUAAAGACAAAAUGCUGAUGUCCAAGAUUGAGAGCCACUUUGACAGUCCUGUGGCUGAGGUCACCUCUUGGGAAAGUGACGAAGACUUCGAGGCUGCUUUGAAGACCGCUGGUCUGCUCUAAGCGCGGAAUGUUUGGGUGCCUUGAUUGCACUUUUGUUGUUACGGCUUGCGCUGCAAAUGGAGUUUUUUGGUUGAUGUUAUAUAAUCUGUAGGAUCAUCUACUUUACUGAACAUAUAGAUAGAUUUACUUCAUCCAAUCUCCCUGUUUUUUCUUAUAUUGCUUGAAAUGGCGGAGUCAUAAUUGACUCAUUGUUUUUAAGAUGGCUUGAUUUUGAAUUGAGCUGAAGUUUAUGAUUCCCUUCUCUGUAAAAUUGAUAUGUAAGACUAUUAAUUUGUUUAUUUUAUAUUUAUGAUUGAGCGUGGGUCAAAUUUUGUGUUA